UCCCACCAGCCUCCUCUGGUGGAAAUGUCUAAUUAUUUUGUAUAAAGGGAUAUGUGAAAGAUAUUUUCAUAAACCUCAAGACAUUUUUCCAUAAUAGCCUAACCAUGGAUAGGUGGAUGUGGUUAUCCAGGUAUCUGGGACAUGGAACACGAACAAGGAAGUAACGCAACAUGUAAAACAGAGUGAGAUGAUUGGUAUCAGUCACCUCAGUAGAUGGAGAGCAUUUCAGCCUCUGCUCUAACAACUCUCUCUUACUUAGAAACCUACAAUGUUGUUUCUUGUGGUGAUGGUGUCAUUUCACCUGGUGAAACAAAGUGACACAUGCUCCUCUUUACCACGACUGAGCCUGGAUGGAGACUACAUUGUGGGGGGUCUAUUCCAGCUGCAUGAGAAGUAUGGAGGGACUGGUCCAGCGACUGACACUGGAAACAAAAAACCUGAGGUGCUUCAAUGUCACAGGUUUAAAUUUUCCUCAGCAAGCUACCAGCAGAUUCAAGUCAUGAGGUUUGCUAUUGAAGAGAUCAACAACUCCACAUUGCUGUUGCCUGGUGUCAGCCUGGGCUAUGAGAUUUUUGACUACUGCUCUGACUUGCUCAGUUAUGGGGCUGCUCUGGACUUUCUGACCCAAAAGGGAAGAGGAACCAUCCCCGUGUGGAACGGUACAAACUACAGACCUAAAGUCAUCUCAGUCACUGGCCCGUUUGGAAGCAGCCAAACCAUCAGUGUCGCCCCUCUGUACAUGUCUGAGAUGAUUCCAAUGGUGACUCAUGGGGCAUCAAGUGUCCAACUGAGCUCAAAAAUCAGAUUUCCCUCCUUUUUCCGAACCAUUCCCAGCGACAAAUAUCAGGUGGAGUCUAUAGUCCGUAUACUCCAACAGUUCAACUGGAACUGGGUGGCUUUCAUCGGUGGUGACAAUGACUACAGCAGAGAUGCCUUGACAGUUUUUCAGGAUAAGAUUAGACCAGCUAACAUCUGUUUGGCGUACCAAGACACCAUUCCCCAAAACCAAUCCUUAAUAGGGCAUCUAUUCAACAACAUAGCCAUGUUCAAUGUCCAGGUUAUUGUAGUCUUUGCCAAUGUGGAGUUUGUCAUUCCUUUCAUCCAAAAGGCCAUAGAUCUCAGAGUGAAGGAGAAGAUAUGGAUCGCUAGUGAGACAUGGUCCAUGAACCAAGAGUUGAUCAAGAAGAGUCAGAUUGAGAGGAUAGGGACGGUCUUAGGUGUCACUGUACAGAGGCACAAGGAGCUGAGAGGAUUUGAUGAGUUCAUUAACAACACAGUGAGAUCCAGACAUGAGAAUGCAUGCACUGACAUGGACUUGAAGGAAAGAUGUGGACGGAUUUGCUCUGACUGCGACUCCACCAGUGCCCAGACAAUUAUUGGAGAGGACCCGACAUACAGCUUUGUCAUCUACUCUGCAGUGUAUGCUGUGGCUCAUGCACUCCACAAUGUUUUGCGGUGUGGAACACAGAACUGUGCCAACUCAGAAAUCAUUGCUUAUCCUUACAUGGUCACUGAGGCACUAAAACAGGUCAAAUUCAAAUUGAACAAUCAAAGUAUAGAGUUUGAUGAGAACGGGGACCCACCGGCUCAUUACGACAUUGUACACUGGGACUGCAGAAAUAAAACAUGUUCUAAUGUGGACAUUGGCUCAUACGUUACCAACCCCACACCAAGCUUCCAUAUUAAUGAAACUCUCAUACAUUGGUUUGAGAGCACAAAGGCUCCAGUUCUGCAGUGUUCUAGUGAGUGUAAAUCUGGCUCCAGAAGAGUUCAAACUGGCUUCCACACCUGCUGUUUUGAGUGUGAGAUCUGCUCUGAUGGAAAGUACAUCAACCACACAGCCGAUCCCUACAGCUGCAUAGCAUGCCAAAAGGACGAGUGGGCCAGGAAUGGCAGUACCUCAUGCACUAAGCGCUCUAUAGAGUAUCUGCAUUCUGAUGCUUUGUUGGCCAUUUUUCUGAUGUUCCAGGCCAGCUCCAUCAUCCUCAUCUCAAUGGCCAUCUUGGUUCUGUUCCUUUGUAAGAAGGACACCCCUGUGGUAAAGUCAGCCGGUGGGAGGCUCUGCUUCUUCAUGUUGUGUUGCUUGUCCAUGUCCUCCAUCAGCGUCUUCCUUCACAUCGGCAAACCCACAGAGGCCAUCUGCACCGUACGCAAUUCUGUGUUUGUAGUCUUCUAUGUGGCCUGCCUGUCCUGUCUCGCUGUUCGCUCCUUCCAGAUUGUCUGUAUCUUCAAAAUGGCCGCCAAACUGCCCAAAGCUUAUGAUUUCUGGGUCAAGCAUGGUGGUCAGUGGAUCACUAUUAUCACAACCACUGUCAUAAUGCUGUUUCUGUGCAUUUUGUGGAUAGCCAUUGAAGGACCCAAGCCCAAUCAGAUAACAUUGUAUAGCGAGGUAAUUUUGGAUUGCACAUAUGGAGUCAUCCCCAUCUUUUAUGUGAUAGUACUGUUUGCCGUUUUGCUGGGUAUUGCAUGCUUUAGUUUUGCCUACAUGGGAACUGACCUGCCCAAAAACUACAACGAGGGUAAAUCUAUCACUUUCAGCUUGCUUAUCUUCUUCAUCUCUUGGGUCAUCUCUCUGACGGUGCACCUGUCUACCAAAGGAAAGCACACACUCUCUGUCAAUCCUUUCUCUGUACUGUGCAGUCUGUAUGGUAUACUCUUUGGUUAUUUCUUCCCUAAAUGCUAUAUCAUUAUCAUUACACCGGAACGUAAUACAGCAGCCUAUUUUCAAACUGCAAUCCAGAGUUACACACUUCAACCUAGAUAAUGUACAUAUGUUGAGACAUAUUGUUGUGUGGCACUAGAACUGCCAGUUAGUUCUGUGAUGUUUCUUUUCAGUCAAUAUCUAUUUUUUAAUCCCAUACUGUUUUCCUCCAUAAAAGCAUUUUAAUUGUUUUCCCAUUAAUAAAACACUUUCUAAAUUAUUGUUUGUGUCCAAUCAGAUGAGACUAGGUUAAAAACAAGUAAUAGCGAGUAUCAAGUGCAUUUAUUAUCCAAAAUCCUUUCAAAGUUCACACUUUCACUCUACAAAACUACAAAACUACUCUGCAUUGUAGCAGGGAUUCACCAUAUUAAAACAGGAUGAACAUAAUGACUGAAAUAAGUAUUAUGAAAUAUUAUGGCA